GUACCUGAAAAUGUCACAGGUUGGCCAAAGUCCGAUCGAUCCAAAAAGUAAACAUCACUUUCGUCUCGCUGAAAAUCGUGUUUUUUUUUUAAAUAUUUUCAAUGUUUUACUCUUGUUGGAAGUGUUGAUGGUGAAAUUCUUAGUUUCUAGAUAAUUAUCGCAGUUUAUUCAGCAUGCACAACAGUGUCAAAAUAAGCAAAAUUGAUUAGAACGACAAAUUUGGAGAGGAUUCACCUAGAGCUAGUGUCCUUCAGAACGUCAUCCCAGCUCUAGCCAAAUAUUGCAUAAAAACGAUGCAGCCAACAAACUUCCGCAAUCCGGUUCUCAGCGAGCCCCGAGUGUUUGGUGGACAGUACAGCUUGAGCACCCCGGCUGGUGUUGUGACGACUUCUAGCCAACCGCCACCGUUGCCACCGAGGCCGCUGCAGCAAUCUGUCGGACUUGGGGGUGGUAUUGGGGGAUACGGAAGUGGAUUUGGCAGUCGUUUCGGCAUGCCUUCGUAUGGAUAUUCUGGCUUCGGAGGUGGAUACGGUGGCUAUGGAUCGUACGGUGGCGGUUUUGGUUAUGGUGGUGGCUACGGUGGCGGAAUGUACGGAAACGGAUACGGCAUGGGAGCAAACGUCUACCCGGAGCACAGAUUCAUUCAACUGGCAGAGGAAAGUUCCAGACCAGCAUUCCAAAAUAUCGAAUCCUUGGUGGGAGCUAUUGGGAACAUAGCUGCAAUGCUGGAUUCCACAUUUUUCGCCCUGACGAGCUCGUUCAGGGCCGUUCUUGGAGUGGCAGCUAAUUUUGCUCACCUGCGAGGUGUUUUCGCGCAGUUCUGGACAUCCUUUGCUCUAUUCCGGUGGAUAAUAUGGGCCUAUAGAAAAAUUCUAUACUGGCUUAGAAUAACUAGAACCGAUCCUUCAACUGCAAGCUUCAAAGAGGCAUUCAAGGCUGCAGAAGCUGACAAAUUAGCCCCUGUCGCUCAAAAGAAAGGAUCUUCAAUGCCGGUUGUUUUGUUCCUGGGAUUCAUCAUGUCGGCUCCGUAUCUGCUAAUGAAAUUGUUCGGCGGUAACAGCGAGACUCCUGAUGCAGCUAAAAAUCCUCGGAACUGGACGGGAGCCCUGGAAGCCGUGGCGAUCUACAACUUCGACGCAUCGAAUCCAAACGAGCUGACGAUCCGAGCAGGUCAACCAGUGCUGAUUGCCCCCAAAUCGAUUCAGGUCGAGCAAAACUUACUCAACACUGGCUGGGUGCUGGCCUCUGUGGACAACACGGCAUCUGGCCUAAUUCCGGUGAAUUAUGUACAGGGCUCAAAACAACAGCAGCCACAGCCACCAGUAACGAACGACGUGAAACUACAUUCCAGCGAAACAGGUCAGUUAGAAACUGAAGCUUAAAUUUCUUUCGACGACGCCUAUUUUUGGGUUGAGGGAUGGAGUCGAUUAAUCAAGUGGAAAAUGUGGGAAAUUGGCUAUACCUAAAAUGUAGAUAUUAAAUUGCUAGCAAAAUUAAGCACAUUUACAUCGUUCUUAUAUUUUAUUCAUGAACUUGGAUACAGUUCGUCCAUUUUACAGGUAUUUGUUUUUAUGCUACAUUUAACUUUUACUUUAUAGUGUUAAAUGGUGUAGGAUCAGUCUGAAAAUUUUUAAUUUAGGUACUACCUACUUUUGAUCGAGAACAAAUUAUUCAGUUAGUUUAGAAAAUUGGCGUCGUAAUUUAUCCGUAUUCAAAUUGCUUACAUCGCGUAAAUUGUGCCUGAUUUCUUCGUACAAGCAAGUACAUGCGUAGAUUAUUAUCUCUAUUACGAGGAAAUGUGCCAAUAUGAGCUGGUAAGAAACGAAGAAUUCAUGUCAUUAUUGGCAAUUGCACUGGGCAGUGUAAUAUUAUGCUUUGUGAUACCUUUGGUUGAGUGGCUGAAAUAUAAAACUGUGAAAUUAAUUCAAAA